UCAACGGACGCGCCUUGUGAUCGUCAGUUCCAGGCGUGCUUCGCAGGCAACGACAUCUGGCACAUACAAUUGUAGGAGAUAAAGAUGGGUUGGAAAGAACAGAUUCAGUGUGAUCUGAAAACAGCAGUACGCUCAGGAGAUAUUGAGGCUCUGAGAGAAUUGAUCAGAAAAGGAGGUGACAAGAUAUGUAAAAAUUGUGACACCUACUCUAUCAUAAUGGAUGCAGGUGAAGAUAUGGAAGUUAUUAGGUUACUGGUAGAAGAAUUUCAUCUUCCACUGGAAGACACUGAUAAUUUUGGCCAGACAGUUCUCAUGAACCUAACAUCACAAUAUGGGAAGCUGAAAGUUAUAGAGUACCUGGUAUCAGCUGGUGCUAAUUUACAUGCCAGAAAUGUCCUGGGGGAGACAGCACUUCAUGUAGCAGCUCGUUCCUGGUGCUUGGAGACAUUUAAAUUUUACCAGGAUUCAGGUAUUCCAAUGGAUUCACUGGACGUUUAUGGCAGAACUGUUCUUCACCAUGCUGCUGCAUCUAAGUCACGGGAAAUACUGAAGUAUCUGUUGGAAGGAGAUUGGGUACCUAUUGACUGCAAAGACAGAUAUGGGCAGACACCACUAAUGCUAUCUUCAAGCUAUCCAAAUGGCUGCUUCAAGCUCCUUCUUGAUGCCGGUGCAGACACUGCAGCUGUUGAUGUGAUUGGCAGAAUAGCACUCCACAGAGCACUUGGAUCUACAAAUAAUUUUACAUGCUUGCAGAAAAGGUGUCUCAGUUUUGGAGAUGGUAUCGACAAGAAAGGGCAACCUGCUAUAAUACAUGCACUCUCAUUUUUUCGGUACAGUUCUGAUAUGCCUUGCAUACUAGAACUACUUCUGAAGGGAGGUGCAAAUCCUGACAUGCGUGGCAAAGAUGGCAAGACAGCUUUGGAUAUAACAUUAGAGGAAGAACUUCGACGGGAAACAUGGCUGCUGUUAGAGGCUGGAGCUAGUUUUUCACAUUAUAGCAAAGAUGUACUUAAUCAAAUUUUACAUACGGCUGCAAGUUGUUAUGAGCUAGUACAUAGGUUGCUUGCUCAAGGUGCAGAUAUAAAUGGCAGAUAUAAGCCUAAACACAGGAAGUCAACAAUAAAUGGCCACACAAGAAGAUGUUUGGAAUGGGCAGUGUCAGACUGUAAUUCAGACACAGGCCCAUUAACAACAGACUUGUCAGGACAUUCUCCAAUAUUUGGAAACCAUUGUUUUCCAAAGACUACCAAAUUGUUACUGGAUGCUGGAGCAGAUGUGAAUUUUAAAGAUGAUAAUGGCUGCACACCACUGCAACAAGCUGUGUACAGCUGUAACAGGUGUUACUCUCCCUGUGGGCAUUAUAAGGUCCUGGAAAUGUUGCUGAAUGCUGGUGCUGACCCAAAUAUUGCAGAUAAAUGUGGAGUGACUCCACUUCAUUCAGCAAGUAACAUGAGAUUAAGUCCAAUGGCAUCACAAUCUAUAGCCACACUUAUCAGGAAAUAUGUGAGUGAAAAGUCGAUACUGAAUGCUAGAGAUCACAGUGGCAGAACACCUCUACACUAUGCAGUUGCAAGAGGACACUUCAAGAUUAUGAAGGUUCUCAUUGAUGCAGGAGCUGAUGUUAAUGCUGUGGAUGCUGAUGGUAGAACUCCCAUCUUCAUGAAAUAUAGGGGUACUUACGAUGAGGUUCCAAAGUUGCUGAUUGAGGCUGGAGCAGAUUUGACUGUGAGAGAUAAAAAUGGAAAGUCAGUUUUACAUGUGGCAUUUGAAAACUGUAAUAUCAGACUCAUUUAUCUUCUUAUAAGAGAACACGCAUUUCUACUGGACAGUGGUAAUGUGGAUAAAAAUGGGAAAACCAUCUUACAUACAGCAUUUGAGAUUGCUGAUACCUAUAUCGUUGACCUUAUAUUACAAAAGAACAAGGCAUUAGCAGAAUGUGGUAAAACAGGUAGCAGUUUUCUACAUUGUGCUAUUAAAAAAGUUAUCAGUAAUCAAUAUUACGGUAACGAAGCUAUAUCCGAUAGCUAUAGCAUUGUGAGAUACAUACUUGAAAAGAAUCUGGUCCCAGUAGAUCACCAGGAUGAGCAAGGACAGACAGCUCUACAAUUGGCGGUUCAUAGAAAUGAUUGUUGUGUGAGGAUUCUAUUGGAAGCAGGAGCAAAUCCUCGUGUAAAAGACAACCAAGGGAAGGAACCUUUGCAUAUCACAGCCAGCCAUGGGAAUGCGAUGAUUGCGGAAGAAUUGAUUGCUGCUGGUGCAGAUGUCACUGCAAAGGAUGACACUGGUAGGAUACCUCUGCACUGGGCAGCUGAGGCUGGUAGUGCGGAGGUACUGAAGUUACUGCUUCAGAAAGCAGACCAGCCGACACCAAGAGGCAUCGAUGUGCAGGACAAUGAUGGGUGCACACCACUGCUACUGGCUGUCAGAAGCGAGCCUGCUGUAAAGCUACUUUUGUCUGAAGGUGCCAGUGUCAGUAUAAGGAACCACAACGGGAGAACAGCACUGCAAGCAGCCAUUGAUUGCCAGAAUUAUCAAGUAAUUAAACUGCUGUUGGAUGCUGGGUCAGAUUUAUCAGGAACUGAGAAAGAGUCUCGGGUUAGAAUAGCUCAUUUGGCUGUAGAAGCAGAAGACUUUCAGAUGUUAGAAGAUUUGAUUUCAUUGGGAACUAAUCUUGAAGACUGUUGGUGGGAUCCUGAACACAAGACAACCUUAUUACAUAUUGCAGCAAAGAACAGUUACAAAAUGGUAAAGCACAUCAUGGGCAUGCAAAAGAAUCCAGAUGAAUGGAAUAAUGAUGGUCAGACAGCCCUCCACUGUGCAGCUCUUUCCGGCCAUGCACUGAACGUGAAAUACCUCUUGGAUGAGGGCCACAUCCCAAUUGAUCAAAGGGACAGAAAUGGCAAAACUUCCCUCAUGUUGGUAAGUUCCAUGGGAGACUGGGGUUCCUGGACUCCUAGGAUGAUGGAAUUCUUGAUACAUGAAGGUGCUGAUGUAAAAUUACGUGACAAUGAGAACAGGACAGCGCUCGAACUAGCUCUUCAGUCUAGGCUAUACUGCGCUGCAGAAAUUUUGGAUCUGGAAGAGGGGGUUCAGACGUGAAGUGCACCUGUGUGUGAACUAUGGAAGGAGUGGACAACUGUGUAAUAUUUUGCAGUGCAAUGAAAACUGUCUUGUUAUUUUGAAACAUUUUUAAUUCAUUGUUUUGUAAUAAUAAUUCACUUGUGGUACAGACAGGGGAUAUUAUUGUGUUCAAUACAAUAUAGAUGAUGCAGUCAAUGAUUACUAUUAAUUACAUGUACCAUCCAGUUUGUGUAAGGUGAAGAUGAUUUUCUUUGAGGAGAAGAAAAUUUUUAUUGUAGUUUUCCUGAUA